AUGUUCACAGACAUGGAUUUUGAAUUAGAAGAGGAUAAAUUAGGGAUACCAACAGUACCUGGGACUGUCUGUCUGAAAAAAGAUGCAAAUAACCUUAUUGGGAUCAGCAUUGGUGGUGGGGCACAAUACUGCCCCUGUCUCUAUAUUGUUCAGGUGUUUGACAACACACCAGCAGCUCUCGAAGGGAUGCUUGCAGCAGGUGAUGAAAUCACUGGUGUCAAUGGCAAACCAGUAAAGGGAAAGACAAAAGUGGAAGUGGCCAAGAUGAUUCAAGCUGUACAGGGUGAAGCAAUUAUCCACUACAACAAAUUGCAAGCAGACCCAAAACAGGGAAAGUCUCUGGAUAUAGUUCUGAAAAAAGUCAAACAUCGACUCGUGGAAAAUAUGAGCUCCGGCACUGCAGACGCUCUCGGGCUUAGUCGAGCUAUCCUAUGCAACGAUGGACUUGUUAAAAGACUGGAAGAACUAGAGAAAACAGCAGAGCUUUAUAAAGGCUUGAUGGAGCACACCAAGCGACUGCUCAGAGCCUUCUUUGAGCUUUCGCAAACCCACAGAGGAUUCGGAGACGUUUUUUCUGUCAUCGGAGUGCGAGAGCCCCAAGCCGCAGCGAGCGAAGCUUUUGUGAAGUUUGCGGAUGCUCACCGCAGCAUUGAGAAGUACGGCAUUCAGUUACUAAAGACCAUCAAGCCUAUGCUCCACGAUUUGAACACUUACCUUCACAAGGCCAUACCAGACACAAAGCUCACCAUUCGCAAAUACCUCGAUGUGAAAUUUGAGUAUUUGUCAUACUGUUUAAAGGUGAAGGAAAUGGAUGAUGAAGAAUACAGCAGCAUUGCUAUGGGAGAACCUCUGUAUCGGGUAUGCACCGGCAACUACGAGUACCGUUUGGUGCUGCGGUGUCGACAGGAAGCGCGUGCCAGAUUCGCGAAGAUGAGGAAAGAUGUACUGGAGAAGAUAGAACUUCUAGAUCAGAAACAUGUCCAGGACAUCGUUUUCCAGCUUCAGCGCUUCGUGUCAGGCAUGUCCCGUUACUACGACGAGUGUUACGCUGUGCUCAAAGAGGCUGACGUGUUUCCUAUCGAGGUAGACCUCUCCCGCACCACCAUUAACUACAGCAGCCCGUCUUUUACUUACACCGAUGAGGAAGAGGCGGAGGAUUGUGUGGGAGGAGCCGAUGAAGGAGGAACGUGCGAGGGCAUCCAGGCGGAGAACGGAAGUGAGAAACUAAUCGAUGAUGAAUGA